GGGCUGGGGCUGGGCGGCCGCGCCGAGGGGAGCGGACCGGGACCAGGAGCGGGGUUCUGGGCUGAGGUCCUAGCUCGUCUUUAAACCCACCGGGCGAUCCUUGGAGCACCGCCGAGAUGCCCAGGGAAGACAGGGCUACGUGGAAGUCCAACUAUUUUAUGAAAAUCAUCCAACUCCUGGAUGAUUACCCAAAAUGUUUUAUUGUGGGAGCAGACAACGUGGGAUCCAAGCAGAUGCAGCAGAUCCGUAUGUCCCUGCGUGGAAAAGCCGUUGUGCUGAUGGGGAAGAAUACAAUGAUGCGCAAAGCUAUUCGUGGUCAUCUGGAGAAUAACCCUGCUCUAGAAAAGCUGCUGCCUCACAUCCGUGGGAAUGUGGGCUUUGUCUUUACUAAGGAGGAUCUGACUGAGAUCCGGGACAUGCUGCUGGCUAACAAGGUGCCAGCUGCUGCCCGUGCCGGUGCUAUCGCUCCUUGUGAUGUGACUGUGCCAGCCCAGAACACGGGCCUUGGACCUGAGAAGACCUCCUUUUUCCAGGCCUUGGGCAUCACCACAAAGAUUUCCAGAGGAACCAUUGAAAUUCUGAGUGAUGUGCAGCUUAUCAAGACUGGAGACAAAGUGGGUGCCAGCGAAGCCACCUUGCUCAACAUGCUGAACAUCUCCCCGUUCUCCUUUGGGUUGGUGAUCCAGCAGGUCUUUGAUAAUGGCAGCAUUUACAACCCUGAAGUGCUGGACAUCACUGAGGAGACCUUGCACAAGCGCUUUCUGGAGGGUGUUCGUAAUGUUGCCAGCAUCUGUCUGCAAAUUGGGUACCCGACCAUUGCAUCCGUGCCCCACUCCAUCAUCAAUGGGUACAAGCGUGUCCUGGCCGUGGCUGUGGAGACUGACUACACCUUCCCACUGGCUGAAAAGGUGAAGGCCUUCCUGGCAGACCCCUCAGCUUUUGUGGCAGCUAUGCCUGUGGUGGCUGAAGCAGCUGCUCCUGCUGCCGCCGCUGCUGCUGCUCCAGCGAAGGAGGCAGCGAAGGAGGAGUCGGAGGAGUCUGACGAGGACAUGGGAUUUGGUCUCUUUGACUAACAGCAGCCACCCUCUGCCUUUGUCAGCGUUGGCCUGAUGGGAGAAAUAAAAAGCUAUUUUCCACCUUCA